AUGCGUUUCUUCACUAUUGCCAUCACCUCGUUCGCCGCUUGUGCAUACGCUAUGCCGCAGUUGACUGGGGGCAUGCGAGUAACAGAUACCAGCAACCAACCGCGCGAUCAACAAAGCACUGACGAGAUCAACGUCCCAGAACAUUUUGCCUGUACUGAGGACAGCGACUGCGUGAUACGGAACGUUGGAAACUGCUGUGGCUAUUACCCGAAGUGUGCAAAUGCCGACGCAGAGCUCCCGGAUCCUUGCCCAACACCCGGCAUGGCCGGUGUCUGCGGGUUCCCCACGAUUGACAGUUGCAAGUGUGGCAGUCAUGGAGGAUGUAUCUCGCUUCAGGGCGAGACCACAGUUCAUGGGCAUCAAUUUGAUGACUCAAACAAGUCUUAA